AUGGUUAAGACCGAGAAUUACAGGUCCAAUCAGGGCGUUUUCUUCAGGAAGAACUUUCCCGAGCCAUUCAUGGAAGCCAUUGUCUGGGCUCUUCUGAACUACAUGAGGAGCACUGAUGGAAGCUCUAUAUUAGGCAAGCGUCCAUGCUCUGAGGAGUCCAAAGAAGAGCCACUGUUUUGCGUGGACUUGGAAGCAGACGAGCAGGACUCAGAUCAGCCAAGUGUCGGAGAGCCUGAGCCGAUAGAUAUUACGAUUGAGAAAUGGCGCGAGGAGAUGAUUCAUCCAAGAGAGCGGAUUAUCUUGACCAGAUAUUCUCCGAAUUUCAAUCCACAGGAAAAAUAUUGGCAGUUCCAACUUAUAUCGGAGGCCCUUAAGAAGGCUGAAAUGGCUUCUGUCGAUGGACAGAUUGAAAAUCUAGGGGAUUUGUCAACCGAGCAGAACAUCGCUUGGGAACCUACUUUGGGCCAUUCCGUUGAUGGUUUAGAUCCUUCAGUGAACAGCCAAAUUGAUCAUUUUGACCCAAUGAAAAUAGCCGCCACGGCAGAUCUAGAAGCAAGUAUAGCUGCAGAGAUUGACGCGAGUGACUUUGAGUCCUCCAUGUUGAUCAUUCCAACCGAAGAAUCAUUGGAGCGAUUUGAAAAACAUCGAAAGAUCCUGGACAAUCUUGAAUAUCAGAUAAACAAUCACGAAGAGGCCUUCGCUCUGAAGUUCUGGCAACCGGUUGCCGUAGCCCGUUUGCUUGAUAUUCGUUCAAAUACUAAGGUUCGAGGUGCUAUCCUCGGUGAUUCUGUGGGGCUAGGAAAGACGUGGGUGGCCAUUGCCGUAAUGCUUAAGAUAUGGGAAGAUUAUAACCAAUCUGUGAAAAAGGCAAUAGGCGAAGGAAAUGAACCACCGCCAGGUAAACCAUUCCUGGUCGUCAUGCCUCCAUCACUUAUCAUGCAAUGGUGUGCAGAGAUCACUCGAGUCACAGACAAAUUGCAAGUUGUGUUGUACUAUGGCAGUAAGACAUCCAAAGAGGGCAUACGUCCAGUGAAGACCAUACUGCACAAGGAACAUGAGCUGUUUGAUGGUUCACCAGCCAAUGGUCGAAAAGUAGUUAUUACCUCCUAUCAGACAUUCAGCAACCGCCAUGGGUCCGCCGCCGCAAAAGCAUGGUGUAGAAGAACGCAUCAGGUUUAUAUGGAGGAUAUACCAACUCCACCAAAUGGUUUUCCGCACCUCCUUGACGGUUGUUUUUCAGAUGUGAUUGUUGAUGAGGGGCAUACACUUCGAAAUUCGGACACCUCACAGUCCAGGGCAGUCCACUGGUUGAAGGCGAGCUUCUAUCUACUAUUGACUGCCACCCCCAUUUACAACUCUCGUGAAGACGUGCGCGGAUAUAUUCCACUACUGUUUCGUCCACCCUCUCAAGGGGAUAUGCAUAUGUUGAAGGAGUUAGGGGGAGACAUUUUCAAAUUGCCCCCUGAGGACCCUGCGAGAAACGUUUGCUGCACGAAAAUGGCAGUGGAAGAGUACAUUCUUGACAAUAACGUGCCACCAAUGGUGGCAGGGGAGCGCUUACGUGUCAUAUUUGGCCAGAUCAUGGUUAGGAGAACGUUAUCAUCUCGUAUGGAGUCAUUCGGUUCAAGGAUGAUAGGAAGCGAUAUACCGCCAACCCAUCGCAGAGUUUGCACUACAGUAUACAGUCGAAAAGAACACGAUAUGUAUACUAGGCUUUCUGCUAUUCAUUAUGAUGGGCUAUUCAUGGAAGAUCCGAGGGAUCCGACCAAAAUAGUUUGGAACAUGGCCAAACUCCGCAAACUUUGUCUUUUGACCUCAUGGCUAGGUUUCGAUCAUCUCGAGCAUGCGCUCCACGCGCCCAAGAUACCUAAAGCCUGCAAGGAUUUGAAACAAGGGACUUUAGGAGCCGUCUUCGCACGAACCAUAGUGGAGGAAAUGAAGCCUCAAUUCCAAGAGUCUAUCUACCAGAGCAUCGAAACGAUAGUAGAAACGCGGAGAACCUGGGUUCUCGAGUUUCUCCUAAAGGGUUCGCCCAAGAUGCGGGCUAUGCUUCCCGUCCUGCGUGAUCAGGUAAUUGUUCAUGGCGAAAAAGCAAUGGUAUGGACCCAGUUCCCCGCUGAACAGAUCUAUGUUGCAGCAAUUCUUAAAGAGGCCAAUAUUGAUGCGGAGGUUUUCCAUGCAGGACUGACUCGUGAUGAGAGGAUGAACCUUGUCGAGCGGUUUACACAGAAGCAUGACGAAUGCAUGGUAUUGAUAUGUGCAUAUAAUGUCAAUGCUGCUGGCAUGAAUCUACAAAAUCUCUGCCGCAACGUUCAUAUCCUCACAAUGGGCUUGUCCAAGUCAGUUGUUAACCAGGCUAUUGGAAGAGUAAGUCGACUUGGCCAAGAGCGUAUGACGUUCGUCUAUGAGUAUCGCCUUCGGUCCUCCUUUGACGAAGACCUUGUUUCCCGCAGUGAGCGAAAAGCCCUCCCAGGUUUAGUCGCAGACCUCGGUGAGGGUUUCAGUUUCCCUUCAAUCUCAGAAGGUGAAGAGGGUCUAACCAACCGAUGGGUACUGCGAGCUGGAGAGUUAUAUCAACUUGCACCUGGCGAGCUUAUAAGAAAGGAGGACAUCACAGAGAGUAGGCCUAUUCUCGAGGAGUUAAUGAGGUCUAUGGAAGACACCAUUUAG